UAAAACUUCCGUGAGAACUUCUCAACUUAAGUAAUGUGAACAUGUUCAUUGGGUUUGAGUAGGCAAGACCAUACUAUAUAUAGGCACUAGUAAUAUAACUUUUGAAUUGCGAAAAACCAGACAUUGGUCUAAUCAUUUUUCAAAAGAAUGAAGAUCUUGAACGCAGUUUCUCUCAAACUCCUUCAAGUAAUACUGGUUUUCGAGCUUCAUCUUUUUGUUCUCAAUGAUACUUUGAGAGCUACAGGUGCAGCAGUUAGGUGUCCAGAAAGGGAAAGGCAAGCCUUGCUUCAGUUCAAAGAUGGCCUCGUGGACAACAAUGGCCGUUUGUCUUCCUGGGGAAGUGAAGAGGAAAAGAGAAAUUGUUGCCAAUGGGAGGGAGUUCAGUGUAGCAACCGAACUGGACACGUAGAAAUUCUCGACCUUCGUGGAGAAUUCGGUGACGCAGGAGAACAACAAUUCAUUUUACAGGGCAAUAUUAGUGCAUCGUUGCUGGAGUUGCAAGACCUGAAAUAUCUGAAUCUUAGUUACAAUGAUUUCGGAGACAAUCAUGUCCCGGAUUUCUUUGGCUCUCUCAAGAACUUGAGAUUCCUUGAUCUCAGAAGUUGCUAUUUUGGCGGACAAAUUCCAAACCAACUUGGAAAUCUCUCGAACUUGCAGUAUCUUAAUCUUGAAAAGAUCGGUCUAGGAGGUGAAAUUCCAUAUCAGCUUGGAAAUCUGUCGCAGUUGCUGUAUCUUGAUCUGGGAGAGAAUAUGCUUGAAGGUACAAUACCUUAUCAACUUGGGAAUCUUUCGAAGUUGCAGAAGCUUGACCUUGGAUUCAAUACUGCUCUCACACUUGAAGACAAGGAUCAAGGUGGAGGUCAGUGGCUAUCUAGUCUCACUUCUUUAACUCGACUUGACUUGAGCAAGGUGAUUAAUCUGAACCAUUCUCACAACUGGCUACAAAUGAUUGGGAAGCUUCCAAACAUAAGAGAAGUCAGCCUCACAGGUUGUAGUCUAUCUGAUGAUAAUAUCAUUCCCUUGACACCUUCAAAAUGGAAAUUUUCAGAUUCUCUUGCUAGUUUCGAUCUUUCUGACAAUGGUUUCACAUCGUCCAUUAUAUUCCAGUGGCUAUCCAAUGUGAGCUCAAACCUGGUUGAGCUUGAUCUUAGCAAUAACCGCUUACAAGGUCUUAUCCCAAAUGAAUUAGGUAAAAUGACUUCCCUAGAGUAUCUAGACCUUUCUGAAAAUACACUACAUGGUGGGAUACCUGAAUCGUUUAGGGAUGUAUGUAGCUUACAGUCCUUGACUUUGAAAUAUAACCUUUUGAAUGAAGAACUUCCUAAAAUACUUGGGAAUUUGUCAGGGUGUGCUAGGCACACUCUGCAAAAUUUGGAUCUUAGCUGGAACCAAAUCACUGGAACAUUAUCUGAUCUUUCCAUAUUCACCUCUUUAGAGACUUUAAUCCUUACAGAAAAUAGUUUGAAUGGGUCAAUUCCUGAAGGCAUUCGAUUCUCAUCUCAGUUGGUCACUUUGUCCAUUCAUUCCAACUCUUUGAAAGGUGUCAUCACUGAGUCACAUUUUGCAAAUGUGUCAAACUUGAAGACACUAGACCUUUCUUACAACUCAUUAACAUUGAAGUUUGGGAAGAAUUGGAUCCCAUCUUUUCAAUUGGAUCAGAUAUUUCUUAGAUCUUGCACGCUAGGUCCUGAUUUUCCUAAUUGGUUGCAUACUCAAAAUAACUUCUCUGUUCUUGAUAUUUCCGAUGCUGGAAUAUCUGAUACUGUUCCACAAUGGUUUUGGGGUCUUUUAACACCAAAUUUAUUGUGGCUCAACGUUUCAUACAACAGCUUAUGGGGCACAAUUCCAAACUCCCCAGUAAGAUUUUCUGGCUCUCCUGAUGUAUCUCUAGCUUCAAAUCAAUUUGAAGGCUUAAUUCCAUCCUUUCUACGUAGUGCUUCAGUUGUUGACUUGUCCGCAAACAAGUUUUCCGAAUCUUCUGCCUUUUUAUGUGAUAACAGUUCAGCAGAUGUGUUGGCCUCAUUGGAUAUAUCGAGUAAUCAAUUAUCAGGUAAACUUCCUGAUUGUUGGAGCGGUUUCACAUCAUUGAUCUAUCUUGAUUUGAGUAACAAUAACUUAUCAGGAAAAAUUCCAUCUUCCAUUGGAUCUCUUCUUGCACUUCAAGUAUUGAUCAUGAGAAACAAUAGGUUUAUUGGGGAGUUGUCUUCGUCUUUGAAGACUUGCGCAAGCCUUAAAAUGCUAGAUGUGGGGGAAAAUAAAUUGUCAGGACCUAUACCUUCAUGGAUAGGAGAUGAAUUACAACAGUUACAGAUGUUAAGCUUACGAAAUAAUCGCUUUUCAGGAAGCUUACCAUUGCAUCUUUGUUAUCUGACAAGCCUUCAACUCUUGGAUCUCUCUCUGAAUAAUCUGUCUGGGCAAAUUUUCAGAUGCUUGAAGAACUUUACUGCAAUGAUUCAAGAGAGUUCAUCAACAAAUUUAGUGAGCCCUUCUAUAUCCAGUAAUGGAUCAACACCCUUCUAUCAAUAUGAUAUAAAUGCAUUGCUCAUGUGGAAAGGUGCGCCACAAAUGUUUAAGCAUAGUAAGUUGUUGAAAAGCAUUGAUCUUUCGAGCAACCAAAUAAGUGGAGUAAUUCCAAAAGAAAUUGGGGGUUUAGUUGAGCUGAUUUCUUUGAACCUAUCAAGAAACAGCUUGUCUGGAAGAAUUCCCCUUGGCAUUGGUAGGUUAAUGUCAUUGGAAUUUCUUGACUUGUCAAGAAACAACUUAUCUGGAUCAAUCCCUUCUAGCCUGGCUUUAAUUGACCGUCUCACCAUGUUGGAUUUAUCAUAUAACCACCUUUCUGGAAAAAUCCCAAUCAGCACACAGUUGCAGAGUUUUAAUGGCUCAAGCUAUGAGGGAAAUCUUGAUCUCUGUGGAAAACCACUUGAUAAAUCAUGUCAUGAGGAGAACACACCUCAAGAGCCUACUGGGGUCCAAGAAGAUGAGGAUUCAUUCAUAUCCAAAGGAUUUUAUUGGAGUUUGGCAAUCGGAUUUAUAAUAGGAUUCUGGGGUAUUUUUGGCUCAAUACUUUUCAACCGUUCUUGGAGACACGCCUACUUCAGGUUCUUGAGCAAUGUGACAGACUGGAUUUAUGUCAAGGCAGCCUUGAGAAUAGCAAAAUCGAAGAGGUGACUCGUAAGCUAACCGAAGAAAAUUUCCCUUGAAGGCAUCUACUUUGGGCUUGGUUUUCGAGGUUAGAGAUCUGUCAAGGGACUAGUCUUUGUUGUGUGAGAAAAUGGAAAUAAUUUUGCUGUUCUGUCAAUUAGAAAUAUAUUUAGUUACUACAGUAUGUGAAACUGCUUUGGAAGUGUAUGAUUAGCUUUUGCGCUGUGUUGUGUUAUUACAGUCACAUAGAGACAGGGGAUUAG